AUGUCGAAUCCUAAGAAUGGCAGCGCCUAUGGCGCACCGGCUGGCGACACCGAUUUCCGAAAGACGUGGGAUCUCGAUGAGUACGCGGAAAAGGCCAAGCAGCGCGAGGCCAAGGAAAAGGAAGAGGCCAAGGCAAGGUACGAGGCCAAGCUGGCCGGCAAGAAGUACUACAAACCCAUGACGGGCGAUGAGACAUACACUUCUGCGCGCCGAAAUGUCAUGGACUUUACCGGUCAGGUGGGCAAGACGCAGCUGGUCGGUGCCGGCGCGGGUGUCGGGAAACGCGGUCGUGGCGCAGGAUUCUACUGCGAGGCUUGCGAUUUGACAUUCAAGGACAAUCUUCAGUUUGUUGAGCAUCUCAACACCACACAACAUCUGUUGAAUUCCGGCCAGACGACCGAAGUCAAACGCGCCACAGUGGAGGAGGUGCGAGACCGAAUUACGUUUUAUGCAAAGAGACGGGAAGAGCUGGAGCGAGAAAAGGUCACAAGCCUUCAAGAGCGACUCCGAAUACGGGAAGAGGAGAACGAAAAGGAGGCAGAAGAGAGGAGGAAGAAGCGCCGCGACGAAGCAGAGAAGAAGAGACUGGAAAAGGAAGAGGCAGCCAAGGUGAAGGUUGAAUACGGGGAGGAUGUACGAAUAGAAGGCGAACAUGACGAGGACGAUAUGAUGGCGCAGAUGGGGUUUACUGGGUUUGGCACAUCGAAGAAAUGA